AUGUUUGCCGCAGCUGCUCGAACAUGGAAGCCGUCUGGUAUUUGUAAAAGCUUCACGGGCCCUAGAAGAUAUACGCAACUCCGCGCAGGCUAUUAUCCAGAGGAAAAGCUCGCUAGAUGUGUUAGUUGCAGGGAUGAAUUUGAAUCGCUAGUCGCUGGAUGUGUGAGUUGCAGGGAUGCAUUAGAAUCGCUAGUUGCUGGAUGUGUUAGUUGUAGGGAUGCAUUAGAAUCGCUAGUCGCUGGAUGUGUUAGUUGUAGGGAUGCAUUAGAAUCGCUAGUCGCUGGAUGUGUUAGUUGGAAGGAUGCAUUAGAAUCGCUAGUCGCUGGAUGUGUUAGUUGUAGGGAUGCAUUUGAAUCGCUAGUCGCUAGAUGUGUUAGUUGCAGGGAUGAAUUUGAAUCGCUAGUCGCUGGAUGUGUGAGUUGCAGGGAUGCAUUAGAAUCGCUAGUUGCUGGAUGUGUUAGUUGUAGGGAUGAAUUUGAAUCGCUAGUCGCUGGAUGUGUUAGUUGUAGGGAUGCAUUAGAAUCGCUAGUCGCUGGAUGUGUUAGUUGGAAGGAUGCAUUAGAAUCGCUAGUCGCUGGAUGUGUGAGUUGCAGGGAUGCAUUAGAAUCGCUAGUUGCUGGAUGUGUUAGUUGUAGGGAUGAAUUAGAAUCGCUAGUCGCUGGAUGUGUUAGUUGUAGGGAUGAAUUAGAAUCGCUAGUCGCUGGAUGUGUUAGUUGGAAGGAUGCAUUAGAAUCGCUAGUUGCUGGAUGUGUUAGUUGUAGGGAUGAAUUUGAAUCGCUAGUCGCCGGAUAUCUCAGUUGUAGGGAUGAAUUUGAAUCGCUAGUUGCUGGAUGUGUUAGUUGUAGGGAUGAAUUUGAAUCGCUAGUUGCUGGAUGUGUUAGUCGUAGGGAUGAAUUUGAAUCGCUAGUUGCUGGUCGUGUGUUUGUAUCUUUUGAUGACACAGAGAAGUAG